AUUCGUUUGCCUCUCGUAGAUUAAAAAGCGAAAAAAACGUAGUAGGGUUUACGGUUGCCCGCCGUGUGUGUAUACAACUCGCGUCAGCAGUGAGCUCACGCAGGUCGAACACGCGAGAAGCGUUCCUAGACGAGAAAAAAGUCGUGAAAAUUGACACAACCAAAAGGAAGCGAAGAUUGAAGAGAAGUGAUAAAAACCAAUCGACGUGACGGCGAAAAAGUUUGACUGAAAAUACGAAAACAAAGACGAGAGAAUAAUUAUUAAGGAAUGAGAGGAUUUUAUGAGAAACAAACGAUUGAUCGUAAGCGAUAAAUUGUGAGGAGGGAUUUCGAGAAUGAUCGUACCAGUAAAAAUCUAACGAAGAAAAAGUGUUUGUAAAAAAAAAGUCAACAUAAAACGUGAAAAAAUUGGAACUCGGAAUGCAGUCGACGGAACAGCUCCGACCGGAGCAGUUGGUCGGUCUCGUUGCGAGAUCGGCGGAGGGCACGGCGGCAAAAGGGAUGCCGAUAAAAGGUCACGAGGACCUUUGGGUAGAAAUACAGGCAAACACAUUCAGAAACUGGGUCAACGAGCACUUGAAACAAGCGGGUGACAUCGGCGGGGGCCCGGUGGUUGAUUUGGCCGAAGAUUUUCGGGACGGCACGCGUUUAUGCGCCCUCGUCGAAGUAUUGACACAACGUCGUUUACCAAGAUGGAAUCCAAGACCAGCCAAUCAGCAUCACCAUCUUGAGAACGUGUCCACAGCGCUCCAGGCGAUCGAGGCUGACGGCGUAAAGCUCGUCAACAUUGGCAACGUCGACAUCGUCAAUGGCAAUCUCAAACUGAUCCUCGGACUCAUAUGGUCUCUUAUUGUUAGAUACCAAAUUGGCAAGUCCAAGUUUCCACCAAGGAAACUCAUGCUCGCUUGGCUUAAGGCAGCCUUGCCCGAAUGCAGAGUCAACAACUUCACGACUGAUUGGAAUUCGGGCGUUUAUCUCAGCGCGUUAUUGGAUUACUGCAAACCAGGCCUCUUUCCCCAUUGGAGGCAACUCGAUCGGACUGACAGUGUUUACAAUUGUCGAAAAGCGAUGGAAAUAUCAAAACGAGAAUUCGAUAUUCCGGUCGUACUCGAACCCGAAUAUCUCGCUUCUCCUUAUCUCGAUGAACUUUCUGGAAUGACCUAUCUCUCCUAUUUCAUGAAAGAAGGCUCACCGGGCUUUCAUGCAACACUGCGAUGGGUCAAUUCACAAUUGGCACACGCCCCCGUCAGAAAUUUUACGACUGAUUGGAACGAUGGAAGAGCCCUUUGCAGUAUCGUCAGAAAUCUUGGUGGUCCAGUUCCCACUUACGAUAAAUUGGACACAAAACCAUCGUCUUGGGAAAAUAAUUUGCAAAUGGGCAUUGAUGGCGCGAAAAAAUUGGGAGUCGAGCCAAUAUUGAAAGCGAAAGACAUGGCGGAUCAGAACGUCGAGCAUUUGGGAGUGAUGGCAUACGCCGCUCAUUUUCAAUGGGUCAAGCCUCGCCCUCAAGCGAGCGAACAAAUAGCUGUGCACGUCGAGAGUACCUCCGCUCGAGUUCAACAGCCGGCUGUCUUCAGAUUAGAAAUGCUCUCGAAGGAAGCUAACGCCCGAGAAGUUCGCGGCGAAAUUAUUUCCCCCAGUGGUCGAACCGAGUGCAGGCUCACUUGGAACGGGAUCCACGGAAAAGGAACCUUCGUACCCACAGAAGUUGGAAUGCACAAGUUGAUGGUAUACAACGACGGCGAGUUGGUGAGCGGCUGUCCGUACUACUUCAGGGUUUUACCUCCGUUAACAAAAAUUAAAUCGCCCGGCAUGGAUCCAUGUGCGAUUGGAUCGAUCGUCGAGGUUCUAGUCAACAGUUACGGAACUAGUCAUGAUGGCAUAGACGUGGCAGCGUGGUCGCCAACGGGGCGAUCGUUGCCAUGUCCCGUUAAGGAAAAUGAUGGCGUGCAUACAGCGACGUUUCAGCCUGACGAGACUGGCGAAUGGAGCAUCGCCAUAACACACAAAGGGAAUCAUAUCCAGGGUGGUCCGUUCACUUGUUUUGUUUUUGAUCCCAACGGCAUCAAACUCGUUGACACCGAAGGUGCAAUGCCGGGCCAGCCAUUUUCAUUCAUCGUGGACGCGACGGGAACGGGUGGAUUGGGUGACGUAGCAAUCGACAUAGUGCACGACAAGCAAUCGGUGCCGUUUCGAAUCGAAGACAUAGGGCACAUGAGAUAUCGAGUGUCGUUGGUGCCACGUGACGCUGGAAAGUACCGCGUGUAUCUUUAUUUCAACGGUUCGGACGUGCGGGGUUCGCCAAUUUCGAUAAGGGUUGGCACGCAAAAAGGUUCGAGAAGGUCAAAGGGCAUGACGCCGUCGUCGAGCGGAGAAAGAUCGAAGAUAACGUCGAACGAGAGACGAAUGAAUGGGCUGAACGUGAGUUCAUCGGAGCAUACGAAAACGAGACAAUCGCCAACGGGCUCGAGCACAGCUUACAAAACCUCGAGUCCGACGCAAGCGUACAGAGAUUAUUCUCCCCAUCAACAAUAUCAUCACCAAAAUUUUUCCUCUUCGUACAACAAAUCGAGCAGCAAUUAUACGACGGAGAAUUCCUCCUCUUACCAUCAUUCUGGCGCUAUUAAUUCGUCGCGAUCACCGGUCCAAAACAACGUUGGCAGAAAUUCGAGCAGCCCAUCGAUGAUCAAAGAAUCCAAGGAAAUUUAUUCCUCCAGUGCUCUCAAUCGAUCGCGAUCACCCAACUCGGCAAGAUCCCCGAAUCAAGAGAGCCCCAGCUUGAUCAAAGAAUCCAAGGACAUUUAUGCCACGACCACCGUCAAUCGGCCACGCUCUCCCUUGAAUACCACAUCCACCACCAAUUUACGCGAGUCCACACACGCCACCAGUCUCAUAAAAGAGUCCAAGGAUAUCUAUCAAUCGAGCUCACUCACGCGUCCACGCUCACCGAAUCGUAGCCCCAUGGCUUUUCGCAACCCCAACGAGAGCCCCAUCAAUCACAGCUUCAGCCCUCGCACCAACGAGAAAGACUUUUCUAUGCGAAGACGAGGCUCUACCGAAAGCGUUGUUGUCGAUACCAGCAGCAAUGUGCGAGUGUCUUCGAUGACGGGUGGGACACCGCGUCGCGAUUCGUGGGACGCGAUAGCCAAAACUAAAUCGAUGUUGUCAUACGGGAGUUUGGAGUCGUUGGCAAAUUUAGCGAACGGUUCGUCUCUCUUCGAGAAUACAGGAGGGAGCUCGAACUUCAAUAAUUCGCGGAACACGGGCAACAAUUACAGCUCGUGCAGCAACGCUCUCCACACGGAAAAUUCCUCGAGCAAUUACACCGCGUCCCAUCGAUUUGUGACGAAUGAACGUUCCGCGUCUCCGAAAUACAAUGGAAAUGAAAAUAUCAAUGGGCGUAGCAACGGUGCAACCCACGGUAUAUUAAAAAACAAAAGUAAUAAUUAUUACAAAAGCGUCGAUACGACCGACGCCGUUCACGAAAGGUUCACCAACAAUGGCGCCACCAGUUUCACCUCGACUCCUAAUUCUGAAAAACGUAAAGGAUCUUCUCUCGUCACCGGGAACGCACUCGAGAUGUUACCCAUCCAUAAACCCAUGACUUUUACCAUCGAUCCUAGUAUCGAUGCCAGCAAAGCCACAGUCACGAUUACAGGUCCCAACGGGAAACAGGUCCCUUUCCAAAAAUCGAUAUUACGAGGCCAAAUAUACACUGUGACGGUUGAGGAGGUCGGCGAAUACAUAAUUCAGAUAAUGGUCAACGGUCAGCACGUGAAAGGAUCUCCGUUCAGAUCGCAAGCUUAUAAUGCGAGAGCCAUUCAAGUCGGCAACAUUCCAAACGGAGUAGUAAAUCAACCGGUCGAGUUCGAAAUUGAUGGAUCUCGCGCCGGUUCAGGAAACCUUGAAAUUCUUGUGAACGGUGGGCACGUUACGAGUUUUGUACGUGCACUGGGGAGUCAGAGAUUUUUGGCAUCAUUCGUCCCGCAUGAGGCUGUAACUCAUUUGGUAGAAAUGACUUUCAAUGGCGAAAUAGUUUCCGGAUCACCUUGGCGAGUAGGCAUAAUGCCAGGUCCGAAAAUGUCUGUGGUCGGGGACUCUGUCAGAUUGGUCCCUGCAGGCAGUCCCGCGCUCUUCAAACUCUCGGCCCUUGGUUUCUCGAGCAAGGAAAUCGAUGUGCAAAUUAUAAGUCCUUCAAAGAGGCACAUCUCUGCUCACAUUGAGGAGGAACCAGGGAGGAGAGGAGAGUUUAGAGUCGAGUUCACACCAACCGAGGUUGGCAGUCAUCUACUGGAAGUGAGCAUCGCGGGACAAAAGCUGCCGGCAGGACCUCUCGUCGCCAAAGUUUACAACAGCAGUCUCAUCCAAGUUACUGACAUACCCAGUGCCGUUGUUGGACAUGCCUGCCAAUUCAGAGUUGACGCGAGUGCCGCUGGCGAGGGUCAAUUGGAGAUAUCGAUAAACGAAGGCGAGGUACCAAACGACGUGCAAGUUGUGGGUGGUGGUCGUUGCCUCGUCUCCUUCACGCCUGACGUAGCAAAGCCUCAUUACAUCGACAUCAAGUUUAACGGGGAAGCCGUACCGGGUUGUCCCUUCGUCUGCACCGUAUCCGACACGAGUAGAGUUAUCCUGAGCUUGAACCACCUGGAAUUGAUACCGGUUGAUCAACCCGCAAGCUUUCACAUGGCGGUUGACGGAAGUGGUUCCGCCGAACUCGCGGUUUCCGUCAGAGGACCAACGACGGAAUUACCUGUCAAAGUGACAGGAAAUAUUCACAGCGGUUUUACCGCCGAAUUCACACCACGAGAUGUUGGCGUGCAUUCGAUCAGUGUCGAGUACAACGGUCACCAUGUGAAUGGUACACCUUUUUUGGCGAAAGCUUUCAACGCUGAUAAAGUCCUCAUCGGGCCUGUGGCUCGAGGAAGCGUUGGUCAACCUACUCAUUUUACUGUCGAUGCAAGUCAGGCUGGAGAAGGAAAUUUGGAGAUAACGAUAUCGGCCCGCGGCCAAAACAUUCCCACCCAAGUAACCCCUCAGGGAAACGCUCGGUUCUCGGUCAGUUUUGUGCCGUUUGAGGCGUGCGAGCACGUCAUUAAUAUUGCAUUCAACAAACGUACCGUACCGGGUUGCCCAAUCAUAACGAGGGUAGGUGGCGAUAGUCACGUGACCGUGAGUGGUCAAGCUCUGAGCAGUGCUGGAUUGGGGCGGCAAAGUUAUUUAACUGUCAGUAACGUUGCCGGUAGCUUGGAAGAUCUUGAAGUUAACGUUGAAGGGCCCAAUGGACAGGCCGUACCAGCUCAGGUUACCGACAACAAAGACACAACGUGCACCGUUGCUUUCACUCCACGUGUCGUUGGUGAACAUCGUAUUUCUGUCACCCAUCGUAAUGUACCUGUCGUCGGAAGUCCUUUUAGUUGCAAAGUCUACGAUGUCACAGCCAUCAAAGUUAAAGACUCCAAGCGCGGUGUCAUCGGCAUGCCCGUCACUUUCUUAGUCGAAACGAGCCAAGCGGGACCAGGAAACCUGGAAGUGACCGUUAAUGGGGGGCGAGUGCCAACUUCGGCCCAAGGCCAAGGACCUCACACGUACGCGAUAUCAUUCACACCUCGUGAGCCCGUUGUUCACACUGUCGAUCUUCGAUUCAACGGGGAAGAUGUUCCCGGCAGUCCUUUCACUUGUCAGGUUAGUGACACAGCGAAAGUCCUCAUCACCGAAGGUCUCGAAAAAGUCUCGGUCAAUCGAAUGGCAACGUUCUCGAUCGAGGCUGAUGCUUCGUUGGGUACUCCUGUUGUUGAAGUACUCUCACCAACCAGAGAAAGUCUUCCUGUUCAAAUAAAACAAGUCACUCAGGGAUCUUAUACGGCAGGAUUCACACCCAAAGAUGUUGGUGACCACAGCGUCGAAGUUAAACUGGGGGGAUCGCACGUCGAGGGCAGUCCUUUUCUCGUCAAAGCUUAUAACGCUGACAAAGUUAAGGUCACCGACAUCAACAGUGGAGUCGUGGGGAAGCCCGUAUUUUUCAGUAUUAACGCCAGUCAAGCAGGUGCCGGUAACCUUGAGAUAAUUGUCGCUGUUAACGGCAAAAAUGUGCCAAACUAUGUACAGAGCGAGGGCAAUGCCAAAUUUCGAGUGAAUUUUAAACCCCAAGAAGCUGCGAUGCACAGUCUCAGUGUUAGAUUCAACGGUGAACCUGUACCAGGUUCUCCGUUCAGCUGCAAAGUCGUCGGGGCCGGUCAGGCAGUGAUAACCGGGAAUAAUUUAAAAAUGGGUGCAGUCAAGCAAUUGAUAUCAUUCGCGGUAGAUCCUCAGGCGUCAUCGACGAAUUGUGAUGUGAUUGUUACACCACCGUCGAACAUUGCGUUGCCGAUAACGAUAGAACCGGUCGAAGGUCGUUACAACAUAAGUUUCACGCCGGUCGAAGUUGGCCGUCACAACGUCAGUGUUCUCGUCGACGGAGAGUCGAUAAAGGGCUCGCCAUUCGCCUGUAACAUUUACGACGUUACGAAAGUCCACGUUUCCGGUUUAGGCGAAGCUCUUCUCGGACAAGCGACGACCUUCACCGUCGACGCUGCCGAAGCCGGCGAAGGAACGCUCGAAUUGGUCGUUAGCACUGAAAACAACACCGUCAAAGCGGAGGUCGUUGCUUGUGCUCGUGGACUCUAUGACGUCACUUUUGUGCCUCAAACCACCAGCCCACAUUACGUUAAUAUCAGUUUCAACGAUGACAAUGUACCCGGAAGUCCUUUCAAGUGCCCCGUCAUUGGUGGACUCCUUGAUGGACCCUCCGUCAUCCGGGUUGGUAAUACCGCUUACAUGGACCUCGACAUGCCCAAGUUGGAAGGCCCCGUUUCUGCUGAAGUUACUGGACCUGAUGGGAUAAUCAUCCCAAGCACACUAUCGAAGCUCUCGCCAAGUCUUUAUCGAGUGGAAGUUCGAACUCGCCAGGUGGGAACGUAUAACGUAAUAUUCAGCGAUGGUCAUAAGGUGAUAAGUUCCCAGGCAUUGCAAGCCUUCGAUCCGAGUAAAGUAACGAUCAAAGAAAUAUCAGAUGCCAUAUGCCAUCGUCCAGGAACGAUCAUAGUCGUGGCUUCGAAGGACGCUGGCCCUGGGAAAUUGAUCGCGAAUGUUCGAGCAGGUGGUGCUGACGUCGACAGUGUUAUUCGCGAAGCUGGAGAUGGAAUUUACGAAGUUAUUUUUCAUCCUACGCGGGCCGCUCCUCACCGAGUUCACAUCAAAUACAAUGAGGUUCAUAUUCAAGGAAGUCCUUUAGAAGUUGCUGUGAGAGGACCAACAGGAGGUCGGGAAGUCACCGCAACGGGUCUUGGCCUUUAUCAAUCGUGCGUUGGCAAAGUAACUUCUUUCACCAUCGAAACGCUCGGUCGUCCUGGCAAAGAAUUCGAUGUCGUCAUAAGUGGCCCUCAAGGAAAUGCUGUACCGGUUCGCUGUUAUCAACAUCGGGAUGGAAAUCUGUUAGCCGAAUUUACGACCAACUCCGUCGGCACAUAUAAAAUUGACGUAUUACAAGGUGCCAAACCAGUUCUGGGUUCACCAUUUUUCUGCCAAGCUUUCGAUGCCUCAAAAGUCAAGCUUCAAGAACUUGGACCAACAACAGUUUCUGUUCACGAUCGUAUCGCGUUCAAACUGAUAAAAGUCGAUGCCGGUGUCGCCGAUUUGGAUGUCACUGCGACCAGCCCACUCGGACAAGAAUUGCCUUUACAAGUUACCGGCCUUAACGAUGGGGCUGAAAUGAUCGAAUUCUCGCCCAGUGUUCCUGGAUCUUAUAUGGUUAACGUCACUUACGGAGGUUCACAAAUACCGGGGAGUCCAGUGGUAUGCACGGUCGAAGCAGCUGGACAAGCCCGAGCGAAAGGCGAGGGUUUGUUGAGUGGGCACGUGGGAAAGCCAGCACAUUUUAUCGUCACUGGCACGAGAAGUCCACCGUCGGUUCAGGUUGAUGGUCCCGACAGUGUGUCGAAAGCGACGAUCGAGGCUGGUGCGAAUCCAGGAACAUGGAAUGUGUCGUUCGUGCCGACGGAGGUGGGAGUGUUCGACGUGAGGGUUGUUUGCGCGGGCCAACAGUUACCAGGAUCGCCCUGGCAUCCAAAGAUCAUAGACACGAGAAAUCUUCGUGUGAUCGGUGGUUGGGCAGCGAUAUGUGACGAGAUGGGUCGUCUUAAGCUGGGCCCAACGUCCAAAAUAAGUUUCGACACUGCAGAAGCUGGACCUGGCGAGUUGAGCGGCAGUAUCGCCGACCAACCGAUCACCUUUGAAAUGACGUCGAACAAUCGAUUGAAACUCGUACCCCCACAAAUGAACGGCGGCGGCGAACAUCGAAUGGAAAUCAUGUUCAACGGUUCACCGUUUCCUGGUGCACCAAAAAUCGCUGUGGUUCAGGAACUCGAACCUCCUCCUCAGGACACCAGUCGCGUUAUGCUGCGCGGACGGGGACUGACGACUGCUAAAUGUGGCGAAGAAGUCAGCUUUACGAUCGACGGCUCUCAAGCUGGAAAUGGCACACCCAAAGUUCAAUUAUUUUCUCCCACUACUGAGAUUAAUGUCAAUUUACAACAUCUUGGUGACAGUGUAUACCGUGCGAGUUACGUUCCGCUUACCUCAGAAUCUCUUUUGAUGACGGUAUCAUGGAACGGAAGACAACUGAAAGGUUGCCCGCUUCAAAUAAACGUCACAUCCGCCGCAGACGCCUCUAGAGUCGUCUGUUCCGGAGAUGGAUUAAAGCAUGGGAUUGUUGGCCAAGAAAUACGUAGUUUCAUCGAUACCAGGCGAGCUGGGCCAGGCGAAUUAACUGCGCAUUGCGUUGGUCCCCACAAAGUUGCUUAUUGUGAGCUUUACGACCAUGGCGAUGCAACGUUUACACUCAAUGUAAAGCCUCAAGAGUCCGGUCGGCACGCCCUCACGAUCAAAUAUGCCGGUGAACACGUUACCGGCUCACCCUUUACGUUAAGGGUUUCCGGUGCGCCGGAUGCUUCCAAGGUCCGAGUUUACGGUCCCGGGAUAGAGCACGGAGUAUUAGCAACAUUCCAAUCAAGGUUUAUCUGUGACACGCGCGGUGCUGGGGCAGGCCAACUUACCGUUAGAGUCCGAGGACCCAAAGGUGCAUUUCGAGUUGAGAUGCAGCGAGAAACCCAAAAAGACCGUAUAAUACUUUGCCGUUACGAUCCAACCGAACCCGGCGAUUACAGAGUCGAAGUACGUUGGGCAGGUGUUCUUGUUCCAGGCUCACCUUUCCCCGUUAGAAUCGUGGAUACGCAGGACGAAUUGUUAUUGCUUACGCAGGGUGCAGAUAAUUAUUCAACGGGCCAUCAUACUCUUACAUCGUGGCGAGGUUCACAAGCUAUACUUUAAAAUGCGAAGAAACGAGCCACGCGUAAUAUUGUUAUUUGCAAUACACAAACUAAUAUAAUAUAUUCGAUAAUAUAUGUGUAUAAAUAUA